GUCAGCAAGCCGUCAGUGCGCCUCUGACAGCCGAGACGUCAGUGAGCAAUAUUCACCACGAGUAUUUAACUAUUUUUUUUUUCACAAUAUUUUUUUAUUCUACCUAACAUUACGCCCACCGUACUACUAAACCGCGUGGCGCGUUCAACUGUCAAACGUUACUCAUAUUUUUUUUUAUUACUCCAAUAAUAAAAAUUUUUUCUAUACAUUUUAUUUAUAAUAGUUAUUUUUAAACUUGUCAUCAAACUGGAUUACUCUUUUAAUUUAACAGUUACGUAAAAAAGUGCAAGUGAUAAUUUAAUAAUAAAUAUAUAAAAUCGUUAUGGAUUUUUAUUAAUUAAAUUUCUUUUUUUUGUUAAUUAAAAAUGUCUAGAGGGUUUAAUUUAAUGAAAUGUGCUGGGAGUGGAUUUUAUCGUGAAGAUUUUAAUUUUAAAAGUUGAAGUUAUUUUUUUCUUUUUCUAUUUUUUACUCAAAAUUUGGUAUUUUUAUACAAAUUAAUUGUUAGUAAUAAUAAUAAUAAUAAUAAUUAUAAUGAUGGAGGCAGCAAAAGAAGCAUUCGCGUCAUGCAAUUACGGUCUUGCUGUUGAAAUGUACGAGCGUAGUAUGAAGCAGCAGUCGCCGAAUCUGGAGCUUUUGAUUGGAUAUGGAGACGCAUUGGCGCGAUGUGGUCGAAUUCGGGAUGCAGUUGACGUGUUCGCACGAUGUGUGACCCUGGCACCGUUACCCCUAGAACGGCUGAAGCAUUUAACCUUAGCUCUGCUGGAAGAUAUAACGGGGGCCACACCGAUCACCACGGGGACGACGAUGGCCGCGGCGACAGUGAUGGGCAAGCGACUUUUGUACGAGACAUCCUUUUCCUGUCCCACGUGUGAGGGUACUCUUAGCCAGCCGGUGACCAGCGGAUGUGGUCAUACCUACUGUAGAAACUGCUACGAAACUGGGAAAUCCUGUCGCGCGUGCGGACAAAAGCUCGGUCCGGUCGCAGAGACCAAUGUACUUGUGCAGAGACUUGUGGAAAAGUGGUGGCCAAGGGAGGCCGAGGCCACCAGGGCGAGGCACGAAGGUGAUCUCCUUUUAAAGGAUGGACAUCCGGCUCAAGCUCUCGAACGUUACGAUCUUGCAGUGAGACUCGCGCCCAACAGUCCACUGCACUUUAGCAAUCGAGCCAACGUCCUACUCAUCUUAAACAGGCCGCAGGCAUCACUAAACGAUGCCGAUCACGCCGUACGUCUCCGACCCGACUGGGGAAAGGGUCACUAUAGAAGAGGAGUAGCCUUAUCAGCUCUUGGAAGGCAUGAAGAAGCUUUUGUAGCUUUUUGUACUAGUGUAGCUAUUGAUAAAAAUGCUCAGAAUAUUCGUCACGAAAUAACAAGAGUAUUACAUCGUGUGUUAUUAAAAUUACGUCAAAGUACAGUAGCGACGCGAGGACCAUACGUUUUUACUGAAAGUAGUGUAAGAUUAAGAAGAACUCGUGAUUAUCACCAUCAUCAUAAUCACCACUACCACAAUAAUUAUCGCGCAUCACGAGCUUUAAAUUCAAGUCAACGACACCGACGUCCGGCCCUUAAUUCAUCGGACUGUGAAGAUAAUAGUAGUAGCGAAGAAGAAUUUACUCAGGCAAUAUGCCGGAGGGUAAACAACAAUAUACCUCAAGGCAACGUUAAAUUACAUAUUUUACUAGACCGUAUUUAUCAGGAAGUCGAAAAAUUAAAAAGAAUUGAACCGAUGCCAGCUGAAAUUUUACUUCCGCCAUUGUCAGGAAGUAAUGCCGUAGCUACAGGUGAUUUGGAUUGCAUUUUGUGUUGUCGUUUAUUAUGGAAACCUGUUACAACACCUUGCGGACAUACAUAUUGUUGGAUGUGUUUAGAUCGAUGUCUUGAUUACUCAUCAGCAUGUCCGCUGUGUGUUACAUCUCUCGCUGAUUACUUGGCAAGCAAUCAAAAGACAGUAACAGAGUUUAUAGAGAAAGCAUUGAAGACAAUAGCGCCAACGGAAUAUUCAUCGCGGGCGACAAAUCAUAGACUUGAAUUGAUCCAGGACUUGGGACUUUUAGGCAACAAUCAGCACAACAUCGCGGUCUUUGUCUGCACAACAGCAUUUCCGUGUGUCGCAUGCCCGUUGUUUGUUUACGAGCCGCGAUACAGACUGAUGGUACGACGUUGUGUUGAGAGUGGGGUCAGGCACUUUGGCAUUGCCGCUUGCCUCAAUCGCGAAGCCACAGGUAGCAAAAGAUACGCGGAGUAUGGAACGGUUUUGGAGAUAAGAGAUAGAGUUUUAAUGAAAGAUGGAUGUAGUAUUUUAAGCACCAUGGGCGGAAGAAGAUUCCGAGUGCUAUCUGGCGGUGAGAGAGACGGUUAUGAUACUGCGGAAGUUGAACUAAUUCGUGAUUCACCUAUUCCAUCAGAAUCUUUGUCGACUGUUAGAGAACUUCAUGAUAAGGUAUGGUCAAAAGGUAAAAAGUGGUGGUCAAGUGUAUCACCAGUCCAACAAGAAGAAAUAGAACGAGUAUUUGGCGUGAUGCCAGGACCCGAAGAAGACUGGAUUCGUUUACCAGACGGUCCCUCGUGGACGUGGUGGAUACUGGCGAUAUUGCCCCUCGGACCGCAACUGCAGGUCGGUAUUCUGGGUACCACCAGCCUGGAGAAACGUCUCAGGGCCAUUGAAAAGACUUUGAACCACAUGGAGAAGAGACAGUUAACAAUAACAGCAGCUCCUGCUGAAGACACCACCACGUCUUCGAGUAUUUGCCAAGACGACAAUGAUCUUACUCACUCUUCUGUUUCAGUCAUGCACUCCUAAUGCCCAAUAAUAACUAAUUACUCUCUUCACAAUCAUUACUCUUAACUAAUUACCGUAAUUUUUAUUCUGUACUAUUUAACAGAAUUAAUUUUUUGUCACAUUUAUACAAGCGAUAAUCAGACUGACAAUAGCUUCGAUAUUUAAUUAAAAUUUAUUAAAUUAUUUUAUCUAUCUCGCCAUAAAAAAUAACGACUACUCUUUUAUUCUCUUAAAUAAUUAUAAUAAUAAUUAAACAAAUUGCUAUCUUUCUCAUUAGAAAUAUUAAACACUCGAUAAAACAAUAAUAUAUUUAUUAUUAUAAUAAAUGUUUUAAAAAUAAAUUUAUAAAAAGAAAAAUUAAAUGGAAUGACAAUUGUCGAUAAUUAAUAUGUUAAUUAAUUAAUAAGAUUAAUAAACAAAAAAAAAUAAUUAAAUAAAUGAAUGGUACAAAUUUAGUGAGACAUAUCGAAAAUAUAAAUUGAAAAUUUAUUUAUUUUUAAAACAUUUACUAUAAAAAAAAAAAAGAAAAAAUAAUAAACUGCUAAUGCAAUAUGCAAAUCUGUUCUUCCAUAAUUACAUAUUUACAUUUACAAUUUAUUAUUAUACUCAAUAUCUUUAUUACGUCUAUAAGAUAUUAAUAAUAAUUAUGAUUAUUAUUAUUAUAUAUUAUAUGUAUAUACAUAUUUCUAUGUAUACAAGAACAUGCGCUUAAUGCAACUACCACUAAACUGGAAGUAAUUUAAUUGGUAAUGACACAGUUUUUUUUUUUUUUCUAUACAUAAAUUUAUUUUUAAUAAUGACAUUCGAUGAAAGUUUAGCCAAGUAAUUAAUUAAUAAUAAAUUACUUUUUUUUUCACUUUAUUUAGUAAAUAGUUCUGACAAUUGAACAAAAUAAUUGAAUAAGACUUAUGAUUCGUUUGAUAUAAAAAUGAAAAUAAGAAAAAAAAAGCCAGUAAUUAAUGUCUACUAUUAAAAAUAAUUUUAAAAAAUUGUAAAUAAUUCCAAUGAAAAUACAACGAUUUGCUUUAUGAAAGCAUUUUAAUUUUUAUUAAUUAUUAUAUAUAAUUA